AUGGCGGGCAAGAUUCACAACACAACAUUCAUCUACAUCCGACGUUUCGCCGACGCUAGCAGGAUGGCCAUUCACGGCACCAUUCACCAACCGCAGUCACUGCGCCCGCGCAACAACACAAGUUCCUCGAAUGCACAUUCUUCACACUUACUUUCCACUACAGCAAACGUCCCUCGCCAUCAAAUCAAUUCCAAGCGACCCCCUCUCCCCAGCGUCCUCUCCAGCCCAAGUCCACAACCCAACAACCGCAUCACCCCUUGCAACCAAGCCGUCGAAUCCAAAAUGGCGCCUUGCUACGAAAUCAAAGCGACCCCCGGAAAAGGACUCGGCAUGUUCGCAACCGAGAACAUCGAACCGGGCACCAUCAUCCUGCACGAGAAACCCUCCCUCAUCGUGCCCAACCGCGGCAUGUUCGACACAACCGACGAGGCAGACAUCGCGACCGCCGUCGAAACCCUCAGCCCCGGCGAGCAGAAGCGCUUCUUCGCCCUCCACGAAGGCACCACCACCCCCCACUAUUCGACCCGCGAAGCACGCAUCUUCCACAUCAACUGCUUCGGAGCCCCGGACGGGAAGCACUCCUACGUGUCCUUCGACCUCUGCCGCAUCAACCAUUCCUGCGAGCGCGAUGCGGCGGAGUUUGAUGUCGGCGACGACUGGACGCAGGGAGGGGUGCUUCGCGCCGUGAAGCGGAUUGAGAAGGGGAGGGAGAUUUGCCACGACUAUCGGCCUGGGUAUACUUCCUGCCUCCCGCGCGCGCAGCGACAAGUCUAUCUGAAGCACGCGUGGCAGUUCGAUUGCGAAUGUCGCGCGUGCGAGAAGACGGGCGUGGAACUCGAACUGUCGGAUCACAGGCGGCGGAUCAUCUGCGCUUUGAGAUUUCGCCUGUUACACGACAGAGUCCCUCCAUCGGAUCUCUUCACCACGACUUGUAAUGCCACGAUCUCUAUCGCUAUGGAAGAUCUCUGGCAGGCUUAUGUGGCGGAGAAUCUCAUCCAGUCGCGGUUCCUGCACUACCAUGUCCUCCUCGCGCAAUGCCUGGAAGCCGAAGGGCUGGUCGGGGAGAUGGUGGCGAGGCAUUACUUCUACCAAGCGGAGGUGUACGUCACCCUCAUGCAGGAGCGGAAAGAGGGUGUCGUUCCCAUGGAGUGGUUGGAAGAGACUAUGCGCUGGGUGCGAGUCUCCGCGACUUGCUUUGCGACGCUCACGGGGGGAAAGGCGGAGUUGAAAGAGUUCAAGGAGCGCAGGGCAGCUUGGGAAGCGAGCGCUCCGCCGGAGCUGAAGAUUGCUGUGGCGCUGCAGAGCGAAGGGGAUGCGGCUUUGCGGCGGACUCCAUACACCGUCGCUGAGCUUCGGCAGCUGUGGAAGAAAUUUGGCACGGUAAUGCCCCAGGAACAGGCAACCAUCAAACCGUCUAUGGUCUUUGCUUUCCGCUUCUGCAGGAUCGAAGAGACUGGGGAGCCAUGCAUUGUAGCCAUGACGAAGAGAGAGUGCGGCGAGUUUCUGCUCGCGCAGGACGCAGAUGAGGAAGUCAAGGCCAGCAACGGCAAGAAGGCUGAGGCUUUCAUUCGUCGCUGGUGCGCAGAGGAGGGACAGGGCAUUAAAGCCUUCGUCGAUCCGACCGAUUGUCCCAUGUCAUAG